CUCCAAAAUCUGCACACCUAGCUGUUUCCCCAACCCCACUCUCCCAACCGCACCCGCUCCUUCUGUCCCUCCUCGAAAUCGAAAUAUUAAUAAAGUUUCCAUUUUUAUCAGCUCCCAGAGAGAAAGCUCCUCCCUUGCUCGCUCGCUCGCUGCCGCUGCUGCUGCUGAAGCAUUUCCCAGCUUCCAUAUUUUAGAGUUCAGCAGCAUAAGCAAACAUUCACCAAAACUGUUGCUCAUUCUAGUUAGAGUACAAUGAACUACAAUACCUCUGGCAUUGGUUCUGGCAGUAGAACUUCUUCAAGAACAUUUGAGUUUGGAAGGACCUAUGUUGUUAGGCCCAAGGGAAAGCACCAGGCCACAAUAGUUUGGCUGCAUGGCUUGGGUGACAAGGGAUCAAGUUGGGCGCAACUCCUGGAGACCCUUCCUCUUACAAAUAUUAAAUGGAUUUGCCCGACUGCUCCGUCCAGGCCAGUUGCUUUGUUCGGUGGAUUUCCAUGCACUGCUUGGUUUGAUGUUGGAGAAAUCUCUGAAGAAGGUCCUGAUGACCUGGAGGGACUGGAUGCUUCAGCAGCACAUGUAGCCAACCUUUUAUCUACAGAGCCUGCUGAUAUCCAAGUUGGUGUUGGUGGCUUCAGCAUGGGUGCUGCAACUGCCCUUUACUCUGCUACUUGCCGCACAUUAGGACAGUAUGGGAACGGGAACCCAUACCAGGUCAAUCUAAGUGCAGUAGUUGGUCUAAGUGGCUGGCUUCCUUGUUCGAGGACCUUGAGAAGUAGGAUGGAAAGAUCAUAUGAUGCAGUGAGGCGGGCUGCAUCUUUGCCCAUUUUGCUUUGCCAUGGCUCAGCUGAUGAUGUGGUUGCACACAACCACGGAGAGAAAUCAGCACAGGCCUUAAACUCAGUCGGGUUCCGGAAUCUCGUGUUCAGAACAUACAAUGGAAUGGGUCACUAUACCAUCCCGGAAGAGACGAGGGAAGUCUGCACUUGGCUCACCACAAAAUUGGGGCUGGAGGGUUCUUAAGAACAGUAAUGCUACUGAGGAUGGUGAUAAUCUUUGCUGGGAGAGAAGUAUAUGGGGGAACCUAGAGAGAGAGAGAGAGGGGGUUAGGAAAAAGAAGGGGGGUUUCUAGGACUAGAUGGUUUGGUGUGGAGGGAUAGGAGUAUCAAGGUAUAGCUUAUGAUAAAUGGGGGGUUCAAUUGGUUGAUUCAUGUGAGUUCUCCAAAAUAAAAAUGUGUUCUUGUUUUGCUUUUCUUCACUACUUUAUAUUUUGGGGUUUAACCUUUUGUAUUUUCCAUAACUAUUUUGUGGGUUUGAGUUUUGAGGGUAAUGGGUUUUACUGCUGGUGUUCUAAAUGGGGAUCCUAAGGAUAGGUUACUUGAGGUGGGGGAUACUUUGAAGUUUUGGGAGGGGGGUUUACUGGUUAGAGAGAGGGAAGUGUUAAAUGAUCUAGUUGAUGAUGUAUCUUUCAUUUUUGUUGUUGUAUCUCCAUAAACUAUGUAACUUCCAGACCAUAUAAAAUAAAUGCAAUCUCUCAGUGUGGUACCUCAAUGUGUG